CAUUCCCAUUUGCAGCGUGAAUUUGUUGGAAUAUAAUCAAAUAAAACCAAAGUAUCAAAUUGUUAUAUUAUUAAUAUUUGGUAACUAUAUAAUAUCAAUAUAUUAAAAUGUCAAGUCCCGCUCGAACACCCGAAGGUGGGGUUACUCCAAGAGGUCAAGGCGAACGUACUCCAACACGAAACCCUGUUGUUCAGGAUGCAACAGAUACACCGAUGCGUAUGGGUCCAACAACUCAACGUCAGAGCCAACAGCCAUCGGAGAUUAGUUUGCCUCCAACAUCACCGGGCGGUUUAAGUUUACCAGCAACAAGUCCAGCCCGUGCGCUGGGCAUGAGUGAAAUUGAUUUAAGUUCACCAUUGAACUAUGGUACUCCAAGCUCCAUUGGUUCUAUUCGCACACCACGUUCGGGUAUUCGCGGCACACCUUUGCGAGCACGACCCGAUAUACGCACAGAUAAAAGGAUGCGUCAAGUGACUAUUGGUGGUUCUGCACCCGGUUUGGAUCCAAUUCCUGAGAAGCCCUCAGAAGGAACUGAUACUGUGUCUGAAUCGUCUUCAACACCGCAGAUGGUUGUUUGGGGCACCAAUGUUGUGGUGCAUCAAUGCAAAACAAAAUUCAAAGUUUUCCUUAUGCGCUAUAUUGAUCCUGACGUAGAGCGCGAUGAAAUUUCUGAAAAUAUAGAUAUAAAUCAGCCAAUAUAUAUGCAAAAGUUGGAAGAAAUUCACACUCUAGAAGAGCCUUACCUAAAUGUGAAUUGCGCACAUUUGAAAACAUUUGAUGAAGCACUCUAUCGCCAGUUGAUUUGUUACCCUCAAGAAGUAAUCCCAGCUUUCGAUAUGGCAGUAAAUGAAAUGUUUUUCGAACGAUACCCAGCAGCUGUAUUAGAGCAUCAGAUUCAAGUACGCCCCUUUAAUGCGGAUAAGACACGAAACAUGCGUUCACUCAACCCUGAGGAUAUGGAUCAGUUGUUAAGUAUUAGUGGAAUGGUAAUACGAACAUCUGGUGUUAUUCCGGAAAUGCGUGAAGCUUUCUUCAAAUGUAUAAUUUGUGCUUUCUGCACCGCAGUUGAAGUCGAUAGAGGACGCAUUGCUCAACCAACCCUCUGUACAAAUUGUAAUACAAAUCACUGUUUCCGAUUGGUGCACAAUCGUUCAGAAUUUACAGAUAAACAACUAAUUAAAUUGCAAGAGUCGCCGGACGACAUGGCUGCCGGUCAAACACCACACAAUGUGCUUCUAUAUGCUCACAAUGAUUUAGUGGAUAAGGUUCAGCCUGGUGAUCGCGUCACCGUAACUGGUAUAUAUCGCGCUGUCCCAUUGAAGGAUAAGGGACGCAAUAUUAAGAGUGUUUACAAAACACAUGUUGACGUAGUGCAUUAUCGGAAAGUUGACAGCAACCGUUUGUACGAAGAGGAGGAAGGAAAAAUGCAUAUUUUUACACCAGAGCGUGUGGAAUUGUUACAUUUACUCUCACAGAAACCGGAUAUAUACGAUCGUUUAUCUAGAGCCAUUGCUCCUUCCAUUUAUGAAAAUGAUGACAUCAAGAAAGGUAUUUUAUUGCAAUUGUUUGGUGGUACGAAGAAAAAGCAUUCAACUUUGGGCAGACAGAAUUUCAGAGCGGAAAUUCACUUGCUUUUGUGUGGUGACCCCGGUACAUCAAAGUCUCAGUUGCUACAAUAUGUUUUCAAUUUAGUACCGCGCUCACAGUACACGUCGGGUAGAGGAUCUUCGGCAGUUGGUUUAACUGCUUAUGUUACAAAAGAUCCGGAAACGCGACAACUAGUGUUGCAAACCGGUGCACUGGUAUUGGCUGAUAAUGGUGUUUGCUGUAUCGAUGAAUUUGAUAAAAUGAAUGAUUCUACGCGCAGUGUUCUGCAUGAAGUCAUGGAACAGCAGACCCUAAGCAUUGCUAAGGCUGGUAUCAUUUGCCAGCUUAAUGCACGCACCUCCAUUUUAGCUGCUGCUAAUCCAGCGGAAUCGCAGUGGAAUAAGAAAAAGAAUAUAAUCGACAAUGUGCAAUUGCCACAUACGCUCCUGUCAAGAUUUGAUUUAAUUUUCCUUGUACUGGAUCCACAGGAUGAGCAAUUUGAUCGUCGCUUGGCAAAUCAUCUUGUAUCCCUUUAUUAUGUGACUCGUCACGAAGAAGAAGACACAAUGUUUGAUGUUAGUGUACUACGUGACUACAUUGCUUAUGCUCGUGAACACUGCUCUCCUACUUUGUCGGAGGAAGCUCAGCAACGCCUCAUUCAAGCAUAUGUUGAUAUGCGCAAAGUUGGCGCACGUCGCGGUCAAAUAUCAGCGUAUCCCAGACAGUUGGAAAGUUUGAUACGUUUAUCGGAAGCACAUGCCAAAGUUCGCUUAAGUAACGUAGUAACUGUAGAGGAUGUAGAAGAAGCUUGGAGAUUACACCGUGAAGCUUUGAAACAGUCUGCCACCGAUCCACUUUCUGGCAAGAUAGAUGUGGGUAUUCUUACAACAGGUUUAUCUACUGCCGCACGUAAGAAACGAGCUGAUCUCGUAUUAGCUAUUAAGGAAAACCUUAAGAAGAAAGGCAAAGUGCCAACUGUUCCGUAUCAGAAACUAUUUAAAGAAGUCAAAGAUGCUUCACAAAUUCUUAUUACACGCGAACAAUUCGAGGAUGCGUUGAAAGAAAUUCAAGAUGAAGGCGCCAUUGUUGUGAUGGGUAAAAAUACCAUCAGAAUCUGUUAAGUACAAACACAUGAACAUUCAUAUAUACGUUUUUUGUCAUAGUUUUUUAUUUCAUUAUCUAAAAUUAUUCCAAAUAAAUGUCUUUAACAUAUUUUAAAAA